AUGGAGUUAUCAACUAUAACCACUGGCACAGGCUUUCACCAUAUCCUCACCCGCCCAAAACCGUUAUCUUUUCCAUCAAUUCCUUGUAUAUCCACCACCGCCGGCAGCUGGCAACGCACUUCCGCUGCUGGAGCAGCAACAACAACACCAACACUUGUCGAUGAACCUUGUAAUGACACACAACCGGCAACAACUGCAAGAAGAAGACCGAAAGAUGGUGCAGUUGAUGUUCAAAGGCGUCACUCGAAGUCAUACUUGGCUAGAAAAGCUGCCAUUCUUGAAGUCCAACAGUCCACUCAUUUGGACUCUGCUCUUCAAAGUUAUUUGAAACUAGCUGAGUUUCUUAAAGAUGGUUUGUGUGGGAGGUUGUGCAGGUGGGACACUGAUCUCACUGUUAUUCAUAAGAUUAGGAGGGAUGCUGAAGGUGCAAGACUUGAAUGUCAUUUUGCGAAAUUUUGGGGAGCAACGCAGAUGGCAGGAUCUUUCUCAGCAGAAUGCUUUAGUUUUCAGCUCUUUGAUUGGAUGCAACAGCACAGCAAAAUCAGUGCUUCAUCUUAUAGCAGUUAUAUAAAGUUCAUGGGGACAAGUCUAAACCCAGCAAAGGCGCUAGAAAUAUACAACAGCAUUCCUGAUGAAUCAACAAAAUCUAAUGUCUUCAUAUGUAAUUCAGUUCUUAGAUGCCUGGCCAGGAAUGGCAAGUUUGAUAGCAGCAUGAAAUUGUUUCGUAAGAUGAAGCACAAUGGUCUAACGCCAGAUGCUAUUACAUAUAGUACGCUGCUUGCAGGGUGCAUGAAGGUCAAAGAUGGGUAUUCUAAGGCAUUGGAUCUGGUUCAGGAACUGAAUUACAAUGGACUGCAGAUGGAUAGCGUAAUAUAUGGGACACUUUUGGCAGUUUGUGCUUCAAAUAAUCGGUGCAAAGAAGCACAAAGCUACUUUAACCAGAUGAAGGCUGAGGGUCAUUCACCUAAUAUAUUUCAUUAUAGCUCGUUACUCAAUGCAUACUCUUUUGAUGGAAACUACAAGAAGGCUGAGGAGUUGGUGCAGGACAUGAAAUCUUCAGGGUUAGUACCAAAUAAGGUAAUAUUGACAACUCUUUUAAAGGUAUAUGUAAGAGGAGGCUUGUUUGAAAAAUCCAGGGACCUUCUGGAAGAACUGGAUACCUUGGGCUUUGCAAAAGAUGAGAUUCCCUACUGUUUAUUGAUGGAUGGCCUUGCUAAGACUGGGCGUAUAGAUGAAGCAAGAUCAGUUUUCAAUGAAAUGAAGGAAAAACGUGUUAAAUCUGGUGGCCAUUCCUACAGUAUCAUGAUUUCAUCAUUUUGCCGAGGUGGGCUUUUUGAAGAGGCAAAGGAGUUGGCUGAGGAGUUUGAAGCCAAGUAUGAUAAAUAUGACGUAGUUAUAUUGAAUACAAUCCUUUGUGCCUACUGUAGAGCAGGUGAAAUGGAGAACGUGAUGCGAACUAUGAGGAAAAUGGAUGAAUUGGCAAUUAUUCCUGACUAUAAUACUUUCCAUAUUCUGAUCAAAUAUUUCUGUAAGGAGAAGUUAUACAUGCUUGCUUACCAGACCAUGGAAGACAUGCAUGGGAAAGGCCAUCAACCUGUAGAGGAGCUUUGUUCCUCAUUGAUUUUCCAUCUUGGUAAAAUUAAAGCCCAUGCAGAAGCCUUUUCUGUUUAUAAUAUGUUGAAGUAUAGCAAAAGAACAAUGUGUAAAGCCUUUCAUGAGAAUAUUUUACACAUUCUUAUUGCUGGAAGGCUUUUCAAAGAUGCUUAUGUAGUAGUUAAGGAUAAUGCAGAAUUGAUCUCUCCAGCUGCAAUUAAGAAGUUUGCAAACUCAUUUGUGAAGCUUGGUAACAUCAAUUUAAUAAAUGAUGUUAUGAAGGUUAUUCAUGGUUCUGGAUACAAGAUUGAUCAGGGAUUAUUUCAGAUGGCGGUGUCACGUUACAUUGCUGAACCUGAAAAGAAGGACUUGCUUCUACAGUUCCUACAAUGGAUGCCAGGCCAAGGUUAUGUUGUUGAUUCCUCAACAAGAAACCUGAUCCUCAAGAACUCACACCUAUUUGGUCGCCAGCUCAUUGCUGAGAUCUUGUCCAAGCAGCACAUGAUGUCAAAAGCUCUGAGAUCUCAUUAG